AUGCACGGAAAAAAGGUGAUGCUUUGUAUUUGGUGGAACAGUAAAGGUCUCGUGUAUUUUGAGGUGCUGGAUUUGGGCCAAAGAGUCACGGGGGAUCUCUACAAAGCCCAAUUGAGUCGCGUGGACCAGGCGUUGCGUCGUCAAGGCAAUAACGCGGUGACUACAAAAUUCCUCCACGAUAACACUCGACCUCACACCGCGAAGAGCACUCAGCAGAAACCCGGACUUGGCCCCAUCCGACUACCAGUUGUUUCGGUCGAUGCAGCACUUUUUAGCAGAAAUAAAUUCAAAAACCGCGAAGAAGUUGAAAUCUGGGUGUCCAACUUCUUCGAGUCGCAGUUGCCCGAGUUCUUCGAAAAGGGCAUCCAUUCUCUGCGUGGAAGAUGGCAAAGAGUCAUUGAUAAUGAUGGCGAAUAUCUUUUAGAU